AUGCUCACAACGACCCCCCGCCUCCACGUCCGGCGCCCCUCGCCAACGACAGCCGAGUUCACAGUAACAACCCGCCCGCCACCAACCCUCACAGUCCGCGUUCUCUCAGGCCUCCUCUUCACCCUCCGCAUCCUACUCUUUUUCUCCUCGAUCCUACUCCUCCAAGCCGCCUUGUCAGAGUCACCCUACGCCGGGACCCUCCUCUCCGCAUCACCGACAAGAGCGAAGCCCACCACACGCGACGGCCCAGACGCCCUUUUCUCGAGCGCAACACUCUGGCAGAUCCUCCUCUUCAUACGCACCUCGCCACCAGGCCGCCUAGCGCAUGCCGUCGCUGCCUCUCACGCGAUACCGCUGCCCGUCCUGGUGCCCGGGUGCUUACUUGCAGCGUACGCGACGUUGAAGCGCACGCAUACCACUGAGAGCCUGCUCGUGUUGCGCGGGCUGGGGAUACAGACUAGUUCGACAAGCGGGAGUUACUUGUCGGCUGCUGCGACACGGUUCAUACCUACGGAGAAGAUUCAGGAUGUGCUUGUGAACGAGGCGUUCAGGGGCUUCGAGGUGCGGUACUACUUGAUUGUUAUAGUCGAGGGGGAGGAGGAUAUCGUUGUGGUGUUUCCGAGGAUAUUACCAAAGAAGAAGAUUGUCGAGACGGUGUGGAGGGGCGUCAGGGGGUGUCUUUGGGAGGCCGAUGGUGGGAGCAGUAAUAGGAAGAUGGACGAUAGAUGGCAGAACGGGGUAUGA